AUGCAUGAUUGCGCACAGGACCUCAAAGUCUUCUUGCAGACUACUGGUGGAUACAUUGAUAACAACCGCGGCGUGCUUGCCGUGUCCAACGACGAUGGUGACUGGGCAAACUCCAACCUGAUGACGUGCCAGUACGAGCUUUUCACCAACAACCAGGCGAUUUAUGCAGGAAUGGUCUUCUACGUGGCAGCCACCGUCGUCAACCCCACCAACGCCCUACCAAAAACUGAUCCUGACAACGUCCUUACCAUAAAGCUCAGCAGCUUGGGGCACUAUGACCCAGAGGGCAUCACGGAUCCUGCUCCAAAAGACAUGCCAGAAGUGCCUUUCAUCUCCUUGGCAGAGGAGAAGACCCUGGGGCAAGACCUUUGGGCAGGCAAUCCAGCCACCAUCAACAUGCUCUCAGAGGAGCUGGUUCAGCCCUCGAGCUUCGUGCGUAGCUGCUGCGGGCCCAAUUUCGACACCCGCCGAGAGGAGGAGUUCCUGCUCAUCUUCUUCCGGACCUCAACAUACGUUGGUCAGAACGGCUUCGUGGUCUUCGACGCCCCCAGCGGCUUUGACUUUGGGCCAAACUGCACAGCCCGGGACCUGCCGGAGCGAUACUAUGCCUUCGUGGGCAUGUUCGAAUUUCAGCUCUUCAGGUUGAAGAACAUGGGAACCUGCCAAGGACAAAGGUAUCCGAUCGGUGAGACCACUUACAACCGGGCCGUGCUGCAGGUUGGUGGUAUCGUCGAUGCUCCCUAUUACUACGGCUACGAGCUUCGCGUCCUUCAUCCAACCACCUACGACACCACGCAGCACGAAAACUGGUAUCUUUGGCUUCAAGACAGCAACGGCUAUCCCCUUGAAGGCUCGCAGUCCACGAUCAAGUUCAACAAGUUCCAGGCAGCAGAGCAGACAGCGUUCUACCACAAGUCCUGGGGCAUGUACAACGAAGUGGGCCAAAACAUUCCGGUUCAGGUUUUAAGCCUCCGCCCAACAUCCAUGACCAACGCCAACACACAGGUCAUCUUCUACCCCAUCCAGUUCCCUAUUGACCUCGAUACUUCGCUGCGCAUCUCAGCGCCGGUUGGUUUCAAGUGGGACCCAGAUCCCAACAACUUCUUCAGGCGCUCCAAUGGCACCAUCGCAGAUUGGCCAGGCAUUCCAGCUGUACAGAACAACAAUCAGCUGGUCUGGCAAUCCAUCAGCCUAGCGGGCAACACCGUGUACGGCUUUCAGGCUACCGUGGAAGUGCCAAACUUCAACCCUGUGAUGUCAUCCAACGCCUUCUUCAUUGAGUUUGGAUAUCGAAAUUCCAACAUUCAGAAGAGGCUGUUUGCCAACGUCGUGGAGGCUCCAUCCAUCGCGGCACUUACAAACGCGGAGGUCUACUCCAGCACCAAUUUGGUGAACUAUGGGGACAAUCGUAUCGAGUUUGCAGUCCAAACUGUUACGACGUUGACGCCAAAUACAGGCAUUGUUGUGAAGGGCAGCGAUGCCACUACGGGAUUCGCGUUCACGUGCCCGGACACGAUGGUGGCGCUACCAGAAUCGGCACCCUUCCCGCCGGACUUGCUCUGCGUCUACCAGUUGGCGCCUGAUGGUUCCCCACAGAUCACGCUGAAGGUCAAUGACAUCAACAUGCCACCUGGCUACUACCGGUGGGAAAUGGUCGCGCAGAAUCCGCCGACGCGAAAGCAGGACCCAGGUAUUUGGACCUUCGGCACUUACCUGGCGGUCUCCAACUAUCCUUCGACGACAACGUUGGACAAGGAGCUAUCUGCUGAAGGGUUCCGCAUUGACAACAUGAUGCGCGAGGCGAGGCUGACUGCACUGGAUCAGACGCAACGUACGGCCACGAACCGGAAUGAUCGGCCUGGCAAGUUAAAUCAGCUCGUCUUCCAGUUCAGUCUGAACAUCAGGCCGCUAGCAACUGGCAUCCUGUCUCUGCGUGGGCCGAGAGGCUUUGAGUUCGAUGACAACUGCCUUCCCUAUGUCAUUACGGACAGGAACGAUGUCUUCGGGCCAAACACGCAGGACGUGUGGCCGCCAGACUACUCCGAGUGGCCGCCGGAGUAUCGUCCCACGAAAUGUGUCGGAAACGGGCGCGAAGCGCUGAUCACUGUUCCGAGCGGUCUGGGGAGGAACAGCCUCUACGUUUUCCGGAUUGGCGUGCGAAAGAAUCCAAUGUCAACUCCCGAAUGGAACAAGUGGAGCAUCAACUUCAAUGAGCAGGCCUCCGACCCAUUCCAGGGCUUCACGGUGUGGACCUUCACAAACAUGAACAUCGCCGCAGUGGGAGCCAUGAAAUCGCCAACUGGAGCCGGAAUCGUGCGCACACCGACGCCUGUGACCAUCGAGUUCAUGCCGUUCAACACAAUCCCGCCCAAGCCACCGAACGAGCAGUUUGGCGGGAUGCUGCGCCUCACGGUGCCGGUUGGCUACGAGAUCAUGCACUCAAAUUCACAGUGCCAGGUGGAGCUGUUCGUGACAGACGGCUCGGUGGUGUUCGAGAAUGCAGACUACUCCUGCAGGGUGGAGAACACAGUGAAACAAUUGCUCUACAUGGCUGGCAACAAGGACAUCCGAGGUUCAUAUCCGUAUACCUUGAUUGUCUGGAUCUACAAUCCGCCGACUGCAGCAAUCGCGGAGACAUGGCGCAUUGACACCUUCCACACUUGGACGGCUGAGCCGGACGCAGCACUGGACGAGACAGAGUUCAUGGGCUACAAUGUCAACAACCAGCUCAACAUCUUCCAAGUGACGAACUCACUGCAUGUCUACAACGGCAACACCAAGGUUAACGAUAUUGACAUUCUGCUGCAGUUCCCUGAUCCUUUGAAGGACAACGAUGAGAUUAUGAUUGUCGGUCCCCGUGGUUUCAACCUCAUCGGAAACCCAGAGCUGGCGAAUUGCAAUGAGUUCAGAUGGGUCGGGGGCGUUCAGCUGCCGGCAACAGGAGAGCCAGGUUGCACCUGCGACCCUCAGGGCUUUUGCACCAUCCGUUGGCAAAUCGAUGAAUCGAAGGACCCGGCGUAUCCACAGAAUGAGGACAUCCACUUCAAGGUGGCCACAACCAACCCGUCCAAGACCCCGUUCUUGACGGACAACUACUGGAAGGCCUCCCACGUGAAAGCAGCGGUGGUCAAGUCCUCGCACAUCUCCCGGGGCUGGGACAUCAACCCGCAGCUGGAGAACGUGGACGUCAAACUGGUUGGCAACAAGUAUGCGGCGGGAAAGACGUCGGACAUUGAAGUCACGUUCACACCAAUCACCGAUGCCGACACCAUCACCAUCGAGGCGAUCUUCCCAACUCAGUUCAGCUUCGAUCAGUCUACUGUCGCACUGCCCUAUGAUAUCGAUGGACAGAGCGAGGGUGCCACCCUGAUCAUCAACCGGGGAGGCUUCCGAGCCGGCAUCAUGGCCACCAUCCGUAUCAACACGGUUCGUCUCGGACGAGCUGGGGGCCAGACGCGCUUCAACUUCAUCACAUACAGGGAUGAGACGCGGACAGAGAAGAGGGACGAGAAGCUGGACUUCGACCAGGGCUUCCGGCUGCCUGGGUUGAUUACAGUGCAAGGGACACCCGUACUGAAGAGCAUGUACCAGGAUGCCAAGGCCAUGUACCCUGUGAAGUCGCUCUUCCAGCCGCGCGUGCUGGAGGAUGCCAAAGCUGAGUUCACACUCUCCUUCACACGGGCUGUCCAGGCAUCUGAAAGGCUUCUCAUUACGUGUCAGGGACAAGCACAGUACCAGCUCAAGCAGUCCCCCUUCGUUGUCAUCGGCAUUGGCCCGAUUGAGACAUCGGUGGAGAUCGACUCUUUCGGUACGCUCAGGGCAACGCUCAAGCCUGGCCGGCCGGCUACUGAAGUGGCUUUGCAGGCAGACACACCGUACACCAUCAUCAUGUGGGUCCUGCCCAUCCAGGGUGCCAACACGUGGCGAUUUGACACCAACGAUGGCGGCUCCCUGCCCACGAACACCAAUGAUGGUGAGUUGGAUGGUUUCUACCCGGUGGAGCAGAUGGUCCUGGGAGUUGAGGCUGUGAGAAGCCCGCCCAAGGCUGUGGUUGACGUCAUCCUCAACAUCAACGCGGGCAAUGCGAUUGUUCGGGAGCUGAUCAUCAUCGCUCCUCCCAGCUUCCUCUUCGAUGAGAGUGCUGGUGGCUGCGGUGACAUGUGCUUGCCUGGCGAGGCGUUAAGUUCCACCAGCCGCAAGACAGCCACCAUUGCCUCGCCUACCGGCGAACCGCUGACGCAGCUCAGAGGGAUCCAGGUGCGGGUCCUGACGCCCGAGCAGACUCCCAGCAGCAUGACGUGGUACGUUGAAGGCCGCGGCCAAGGCGCUGGCACGACCGUCGGCUGGGGCGAAGGUGCAGGCUUCUUUGUCACGCAGAUGGCUGGUACAAGCGUCAUGUAUCCGGCUGUUGCAAGCAUCACGCAGGCACAGAUUGCGUUUACCUUUGCCCUGAACGUCAACGCGGGGAACCAGAUCAACAUUGAAGCUCCACCGGGCUUCAUCCUGACCUGUUCCACAGAGGGCGCGCUGAAGCAGAUCAGCCUUCCUGGUGGCAAGCCGGAUUGCAUUGACGAUCCCUUGCAGAUUCGCCUGGGAACAACGCUGACAGCCGAUCAGUAUGCCUUUGCUUUGCUAGUAGACCUGCCUCCGGACCAGCCAUCUGACAACACAUUCAGCGUCAUCAUUCGUGACCAGGACAACAAUGUGGUGGAUGCAGCGUACUCCAUCCAGGGCAAGCCCUUCGUGAUCAUGGGGGUCACCGAUCCUUACCUCGACUGGUCGCAGGCCGAGCCGGGACAGCGGACCCAAAUCACGAUAGGCAUGAAAUUCACGAAGGACACCUCCAAUGUCAAGGCCGUGCUGAUCAUGCUCCCGGAACGCUUCAUCCACGACGUCCAGACACCCACGGACGUGCAGAACGUGAAUAAGCAGUUCCGAGUAGCAGCAGGAUCAGACUGGGCAGACACCCAGUACACGGACCGCAUCAAGAUUUACUUGGACGACAGCGGUGGUGGUGCCAUCAUUCCGGUGGGCGAGUACCGGUUUAGUUUCCCAGCUCUGGUACCGCCCAGCAUGUCCAACAACAAUUACUGGUCAAUUUCUUUGUGCAAUGAUCGGGAUUGUCAGCAACCCGACGAUAGGUAUAUCAUUGUGAGCUUCCCGAUUGCUGGCUUCCAGCUCUACGAGAUGUCUCAGGAGACACUUCGUGUCACUACGAACUUCGCCACGCGCAUAGCGCGACCCAGCGGAGAG